CCUCCGUGUCACGUGACACGGUGAGAGAUGGCCGGCUGGAGGCGGCUGCUGCGGCUGCUGCGGCUCGUCUCUGCGGCCUGGGUCCUGCUGCUGCCCCGCGGGGCCCCGCGGGCCGGGCUGGCCCGGGCCGAGGACCUGGACAGCUGCGCCCACCUGAGACUGGGACAAUAUCUCUGCAAAGAUCCCAAGAUCGAUGAAUUCACUCAGGAACCAGAGAACUGCAGGGACACAACGGCGUGGGUGGAGUGUCGGCCUGCUCCCAACAUCAGCUGUCGACUCCCCAACGGUUCAGAGUUCAAGUUCAGCGGAGAUGAGGUCGGCUUCAACAAGACUAUCCCCUGCAGGAACGUGAGCGGUUAUUCCUAUAAAGUGGCGGUGGCGCUGUCUCUGUUUCUGGGCUGGCUGGGAGCUGACCGCUUCUACCUGGGAUACCCCGCCCUCGGACUGCUGAAGUUCUGCACCGUUGGGUUCUGCGGAAUCGGGACACUGAUUGACUUCAUAUUGAUUGCCAUGCAGAUCGUGGGUCCAGCAGAUGGAUCCAACUAUAUUGUGGAUUAUUACGGCGCCCGACUGACCCGACUGUCCAUCACCAAUGAGACGUUCAGGAAGCCACACCUGUCUCUGUGAAAUCACCUGGACACGCCCACAAACCCUUCAGUAAACACAGAGCUAACACCCCUGACUUUAGCCAAGUCAUGAACAAUGUGGAUGAAGACACAAAAUCAUCAAUCCGAGGAGUUUAAAGGUUCAUUCCAACAGUCCAGGACUCUCAGCCCUUCAUACGAAUGUUUGUGUUGCAGAUGGUAAAUCCAUCCAGACUCCAACAGACUUUGUUCUGUUUGUUAUAUAUUUUACUGUAUUGCUGCUGUUUUUGUCUUUAAUUUAUUUAAUGACUUUGUUUUAUGUAACUCCAUGAAGACUUUGUAAAUAAAGCUUUUGUUAAUGUA